AUGUUCUUCUUUCGAGACGAAAACUCAAAGGAUCUUUUGUUUGAAGCCGUAUUUCUAGUUGAAAGAACGGAUAAAGGAAUUAGCGGAUUUAACAUGGUUUUUCCUGAAACUGAUACUUUUUUGACUCAUAUUAAAGAACAAGUCAAAAGGCUUUCUUUUCCGUUAGUUGAAGACCAAGGUAUAACAUGGGACCCAGAAAUGACAGUGAAUCUUAUUCCAAGUGAAAAUAUUCAUUACUAUCUUUACACAAAAUAUUAUACUCAGCAAACCAAGUUUAUAGCAGUAGCGAUUUUAUCAAGAUAUCAUCACUUUAGACUUUUCAAAUCAUUAUUCUCUACAAUUACAUCUCAAAUUCCAAAAACAUUUUAUCAAGAUUCUUCUAAGAUCGAAUUCGAAAAAACGACAUACGAAAUUAGGCCAAAGAAGCAAGUAAACGAUUUGAACUUAAAUAUGGAUGUAUCUCCGCUUUCAGAAAUCGCAUAUUUACAGUCCUAUUUCUUGGCAAAUUAUCCACCUACUAUAAUUGGCAGUUUAAUACCUCUUGUUUGCGCUGGAUGCAGAAUUUUUGUAGUUUCAUCCAAUACAACAAAGAUUACUCAAACUGUUUUUGCGAUCGCUUCAUUUUUCUAUCCAAUCGUUGCAAAUGACGUUUUCUAUCCUCUCAUAGCUCACCAGAACAUAAGUACAUUGAGCAAGUUACACGAAGGCGUCAUUGGAAUUCACUCCUUGACUUUCUUAGCAAUACAAGACCGAAUCCUUCAAGCUGACAUUAUAUUCAACUUAGACGAUGUUUACAUUUCUAGUGGACAGCCUCCAAAGUUCAAAUCUUGGCUGAAUGUGCAAAUUUCUGAAUUUGCACAAACAGUUCGGAACGUUACUAAGAAUUACGAACCAGCAUUUCCUGCUUACAAUAUUAGAUGCUUAAUUACAGAUUUCUUUACAAAUUUCCUAGCAAAGAUUUUGAAUACCACAAAAGUUACAGAAACAAUCAUGAUAGAACUCAAGAGAUACUCAGGAAGUGGCAGUAAUUUGGAAAACUACGUUGCAAAAUCUCCAAUCAUCAAACAACUUUAUAGAUUAACAAGGGAGAAGAAUAAACAAGUUCAAGACCUUAUCUGGGAUUUACCAAUAGAUGUCAGCUCUUAUCAGCGUAAUCUCGUACAGAAGAAUGAAGAAACGCCAAAAGCUGGCAUGCCUCAAACUCGUGAUCCACAAAGAAGAGGUAAGAGUUUUAUUUCUUUCCGUAAAAAAUAG